CAGGAAGAUAUGAGAAUGUUGGGAGUUAGAGGUCAAGUAUUAAUUUUUAUUUUGUAAAAUAAAAAUGAUUUUGAUUAUGAUUUUCGCUGUAAUUGAGCAGCACUAGUUACAGAUUUGUUUGUUGUAAUGUUUUAUAGCACUCUUUACGUUCAGUUAUUGCACACAACACUGUAUACUUUAACUUGUCUGACACACAGAGGAGACAGGAACACUUUCCUGUCAACUUUCAGACGCCAUGCAGCAAGGAACUGACUCUAGGUCUGACCCAGGACAUGAUACAAAAGAGAAAAGUGAGAGUAGCAGUGAACCUGAGGAGACACAAACAGAAAAGACGACACAGAUUCCCAGUGGUUCUGAGACCGAGAACCAACCUCACUCUGGCACAGGACCUAAUAGAGAAGUGGAUGGAGAAAAAGGCAGUAAACCUGAGAGAAAUGAAGGCCCGUCAGGUGAUUCUUUGCCAGAAAAGGCACCUAACGAAGAUGAUGAGGAGACAGGAACACUUUCCUGUCAACUUUCAGACGCCAUGCAGCAAGGAACUGACUCUAGGUCUGACCCAGGACAUGAUACAAAAGAGAAAAGUGAGAGUAGCAGUGAACCUGAGGAGACACAAACAGAAAAGACGACACAGAUUCCCAGUGGUUCUGAGACCGAGAACCAACCUGACUCUGGCACAGAAACUAAUAGAGAAGUGGAUGGAGAGAAGGGCAGUAAACCUGAGAGAAAAGAAGAAUCCCCUCUUAAUAUCCAAAAGCCUGAAGAAGAAGAGACGGCAAGCGAUGAAGAAGAUGUGGUGAGGGAUGAGAACGUCCAACCACAGAUCAUUGUGCAAGGGAAUAAUAAAACAGUUUGGACUGCAGCUGCUGUCAUUCUGUUAGCUUUGGUUUGUGCAUUAUGUCAGCGUAGUCCUGACUCAACUCCACCUAUACCAAACAAGGUUGAUGUGGUGGACGUAUUCAAUCAGGAAAUGAAAAAACUUGAGACUACCUUUCCAAAUCAGCAUCCAGAGCUCUGGAGGAGGAGUCUUAUUCAUCUCAGGCGCCACCUAAAGACUAAGAACCCCACUGAACCCGUCAGCCUGAUUCUGACAUCUGGUCACAGAGCUGAAAAGACGCUUGGUUGCCUGGCCCUAUGCUUGGCCCGAGCCUUUUCUACUGCCCAUAACUCUUCAGUUCUGAAUAUUAAUGGCAAAAACAAAGCAUCACAAGACAGUGAUCAGGUCAAGCUGGACAUUGAUAGUGAAUUGAGAAAAGCCUUUGAGGGUAAAAAGUCUGCUGCAGUUAUCCACCGUUUUGAGGAGCUCCCUCCUGGAUCCACUCUCAUCUUCUACCGUUACUGCGACCAUGAGAAUGCGGCUUUUAAAGAUGUCUUCCUGGCCUUUACUGUAAUGCUUGAUGCAGAAGUGGAAGUGCCAUCCAAUGUCAGUCUAGGAAGAGUUGAGGAGAUGGUUCAAGAGCACAUAAAACAGAAGUUUGUUUCCUCUGACAAGUCAGCUACGUUUAAUCAAAUGGAUGUUGACAAACUAGGUGGACUGUGGAGCCGAAUUUCACAUCUCAUUUUGCCAGUGGCUGCAGAAAAGAAAAUUGAAGAGCAGGGCUGUGGGGAUUGGGAUACAUCAUUUUGAAAAUAGUUAUCACACU